AGAGAGUAGAGUACGGUAGAGUAGAGUACAGUACAGUAGAGCAGAGAGUACAAAUAUAUCAAAUACAUCAAGACCAAAUAUACAUGUCCAACACUAGAUACUCACGUGUGUGUAUGUGUGUGUGUGUGUGUGUGUGUGUGUGUGUGUGCAGGUGGGGAACACAGUCCUGAUUGUGUUUGUCAGUUACCUGGGCAGCCGUCUGCACCGGCCCCGCCUCAUCGGGCUGGGUGGGCUGCUGAUGUCCAUCAGUGCCCUCCUCCUCGCCCUACCUCACUUCCUGUCCCAGCCCUACCAGUACGACUCUGUCUUCCACAUGAAGGGGAACACCAGCGGUCGUCCUGACAUGUGUCGUGUCCAGCUGAACUCCAGCCGUGCGGAGGCGUGUGGGCGGGAGGAGGGCCAGCGUCUGGGGGGGGACAGCCUGUGGCUGCUCAUGGCCAGCGCCCAGCUGCUGUUUGGGGUGGGCUCCGUCCCUAUCCAGCCCUACGGCAUCUCCUACGUUGACGACUUCGCCGGCGCUGGAAACUCCCCUCUCUACAUAGCCAUCCUGUUUUCUAUAUCAGUGUUUGGUCCAGCGUUUGGCUAUCUUCUGGGGUCCAUCAUGCUGGGGAUCUAUGUGGACGUGGACAGAGCCAGCUCAGUGGCCUCCCAGGAGCUGAGCCCGUCGGACCCCCGCUGGGUGGGGGCCUGGUGGAUGGGGCUGCUGGUGUCCUCUGCCUGCCUGGCCCUGGCCUCACUGCCAUACUUCUUCUUCCCCCGCAGCCUGUCUGUGGUGUCCCAGGAGACAGGAGCAGAAACCAACAUCCUGAAUGAAGACUCCAAAAAGCAUGAGAUCUCCUUGCUUGAUUUCCUCAAGAUGUUCCCCCGGCUGUUUGUGCGUCUGCUGCUGAGCCCUCUGUUCCUGCUGCUGGUUCUGGCUCAGUGCUGCUUCUCCUCUGUAAUGGCCGGCCUCGCCACCUUCCUCAACAAGUUCCUGGAGCGUCAGUACAGCGCCUCAGCCGCCUACAGCAGCCUGCUCAUCGGUGCCGUCAAUCUACCGUCUGUUGCCGUGGGGAUGCUUUUGGGCGGGGUGAUCAUGAAGAGGGUGGGCCUGUCCCUGAAGGUCAUCCCUCGCUUCUCCGUGGUGAUGCUCUCUCUCUCGGUGCUCCUCUGCAUCCCUCUCUUCUUCAUGGGCUGCCAGACGCAGAGGGUGGCCUCUGUCAACUACCAGCCAGGACGUCCAGGGUGGCUGGCUGGGUGUAGCUCAAACUGCUCCUGCCAGACCAGCGUGUUCAACCCAGUGUGUGGUACUGAUGGCGUAGAGUACAUCUCCCCCUGCCAGGCUGGCUGCUCCAACUUCACCAUGGACCCUAGAAACCGCUACAGGGUUCAGCUGUACUCCAACUGCAGGUGUUUAGCUGGAGUCCCAGGGGAGGCCCGGCCAGGACCCUGCACCAACCAGUGUCCUCACUUCCUACUUCCUGUCAUGGUGAUCAUCUCUCUGGCAGCGCUGGUGGCCAGCCUGUCUCACAACCCCAUCUACAUGAUGGUUCUCAGGACUGUUCCCCAGGAAGACAAAUCCUUUGCCAUCGGGGUCCAGUUCCUGCUGAUGAGGAUGCUGGCCUGGUUGCCAGCCCCAGCCCUGUUCGGCAUGACCAUCGACUCCUCCUGCAUCUGGUGGAAGCGUGUCUGCGGCAACAAGCUUGGAUGCGGUUACUACGACAACAAUCUCUUGAGAAACAGGUAUCUGGGGCUGCAGGUGGGCUUCAAGCUGAUAGGGAUUCUGCUGCUGUGUGUGGUGGGCUGGAAGGUGCCCCGGAGCAGUGAGUACAGCCUGGAGAAGAGACCUGACACCCUGCUGUGACCUGGGACACACAAACUACACACACACACACAUACACACACACACUAUACACACACACGCACACACACACACACACUAUACACA